AUGGGUCUUAUUAGUGAUAGUAGCACGACGAUUGUACCAGAACCAACACAAGUUGUUACAGAUUCGGAAAUCAACUCACCUAUCGGCUUAUCAGGUCCUGCUGAAGUCACUACUGUUCCCUACAAUGAAUUCGCAACAAUCGGUGUGCACUCUUCUGUUACAACGUCAGACGAACCGGUAGAUCAAGUUAUCCGACCACUCAAUAGCACGUUUAACUUCAUCCAGGCUUCUAGAGUCACUCAUUCGCACAUCACGCCCGAACCUCCAGCAAACUUCGAAGAUGUUAUGCCUGUUAAUCAAUUACCAAAUAAAACAAACGUUUCUUGUUUCAGUAAUCAUAAUAUCGAGGAUAACAUUGACCCUUCAUUGGUUACAAGGAUAGACCAACAAUAUGUUUUGAAUAUUCCAGAAGUGGAACAUUCAAAAAUUGAAUUAUUCGGAAGAAGUUCAUCAUCUUUGUCAUCAGAAAAUGUCAAUCAACCUACGUCUUUUAAAUCAAUAUUAUCUCAGGAUGAGCAUGAGGGAAAUAGCAAUAUUCACAAACCAAUUUCAUAUGCUGAUUCUGUUCGGAGAGCCGGCCAAGUACAUGCAGGUUUUAGUCGUCCAGCAGUUGUAGAUAAUAUAAACUCUAAAAAGAUCGACCGCAUAAUGGAUGAAAACUCUCGUGAGUCCGAACAACUUGAUUCGAAUUUAGCGCGUGGAAAUUCCAAAGUUGGAUCACGUAGUCGCAUUCCAAAUGAAAAUCGAGGUCGUGGAAGCGGUGGUCCAAGACGCAAUACCGGUCAGCGGGGUGGUGGCGGUAAUUUCGGUGCUCAUCCAGGUCGUGGUGGCGCUCAUCGAGGAAUGACUACUGCAUUUGCUCAACCUACUUACUGA